AUGACCGAGAUUACGAUGUCUUCCACCCAGAUUGCCGUCACUGACCGACCGGAGUAUCCAAUCGGCGUUCCCUGCAAAUUCUCGCCAGACGGUGUCGCUCAGCGGUACCCUGGAAAUACGACCAUUUGCCACAUUUCUCCAAGUUCUUCUCUGCAGACCGGUCUACGCAAUGUAUACACCGCUCUUAGCUCCCACCCAACGCUUGGAAGUGUCAUCCGGCUUGUGCCUCCAGAGUCUUGGCACAUGACUGUUCUGGAUGGUGUUCGUGAAUCAGAGUGCCAGCCUGGAAUGUGGCCUGAUGGCAUGGAGAAGAAGCGCCUCGUGGAGUACACGGAGGACUUCACGAAAAGCCUGCGAGAGCUCGGGCGGGAGCUCAGCAAGGAAAGUCUAGCACCGCCGUUUCGCAUGCGAGUGCGGGGGUUUGAUGCCGGGAUUGUUGGAUCGGGUCUUGAGGUCGAAGGAGCAACUGCCGAGGAGGAGCAGCGAAUGCACAGGUUGAGAGACAGGCUUGCCGACGCCGUUGGCUUCCGGGCGCCAAACCACGAGACAUACCAGUUUCAUGUUACCAUUGCUUAUUUGAUGAGGCACGUUGAUGGUGUAGACCGGGUGGAAUUCAAUCGGACGCUUACGGAGCAUCUAGCGUCGGUGAGGAUCGAGUUCGAGCUUGGUGCAGUGGAAUUUUGUACCUUUGAGGAUAUGUGUGCAUACUCCAGAGUUUUCUAUCUUGGGACGCAGGAUGACCAUUGA